AUGAGCGAUUUAGAAGAAGGAGAACAUGAAGAAGUAGAACAUUCUUCAAAUGUUAGUGGUUCAGCAUUGGUUAGAUUACUAGAGUCAUAUCUUGAUGGAGAUGAUAACAAUAAUAAUAAUAAUAAUACUAAUGGCUCUAAAAAGAAAGAUGAUCUCAAAGCACAUAUCAUUGAAAAGAUAUCGAAAUCAGGAUUAACUAUUGGUAGUAAUGAUGGUAAUGGAGAAAGUCAAGAUAUACUCAACGACGAUAUAUUCGAUCAAAUCGUUUCAUUACUCGAGAAACAUUCAUCGGUUGAGGAAUCAAUCGAUCUUUUGAUGAUCAUUUUUGGAGUUGUCUUGGAUUCAAACUCUACAAAUACAAAUGAUAUAUUUAAUAUACUAUCAAAAGAUAGUAAAAUAUGGAAAUUUAUUAAAUUGGUUUAUAGUUUAAUUAGUAGAGAUCAAGAAUCACCUGAAAGAUUAUCAAUUAUAACAUCAUUAUCAUCUUUAUUAAAUGUACCAGAGACACCUUAUUCAUCAAGAUUGUUCCAAUUCUUUUUCUCAUUUUUAAUGUUUGAAGAUAAUCCUUUUAUUAUUAAUAAUGGAAUUGGAUUUUUAGGAUCAUUAUUAUCACUUUCACUAAGUUUACAACUUGACAAUAUAUUAUUUAUCACUUCAAAUUGGAUAAAUUCUUUUAAAAAGCAAGAUAAACCAAAUAUAUUGAUUUCGGAAGAUCAACGUACGGAUGAAAAGGUAGAAAUAUCAUCAUUAUAUCAAAUAUUAUUUUUAAAUGAUUUCAACCCUUUAACAACAUCGGUUCAAGAAUUGGAUAAAAUGGUUGAUUUAAAAAAAGAAAAGUUACAAUGGUCUCCAAAUGCUAGAAAAUUAAAAUAUUGGUUAUCUAAUUUCAUAUUGGUCGAUCAUUUAUAUUUAAAUGAUUCAAUUGUAUUUGAAGAGUUACCAAGACAUUGUUAUCCAUUGUCACUCUUACUAUUGGAUAUCAUGGUUUAUUAUUUAAUUCAUCCAAUUCCAGCAGACGAGAUGAUUCAAGUGGACGGUAUCGAUUCUUCAUUGGUUGUAAACAAAUUAUUGGUCAUUUUGAUAGAAUAUUGGAUACCAUCCAGUGGCAUUGCCCUCAUUAGAGAUAGUACAAGUCAAUUGGCUAAAUUAUCAAUUUUAGAAACCAUACAUCUAAACAACGAUAAAAGUAAUCUUAGCGAUAAAUCAUCAAAACAUUUAUUGGUAGCAAGAUUACAUUCAAAUAUAUUGGAAACCAUUCAAAAGAAAUCAGCCUCUAUUACAGUAAACGAAUUUAAACAAUUAAUCAACCAUUUUGUACAAUUAAAUAUCAAUGAUGACGACGCCAUUGAUAAGAUUGGUCAAUUAUCACUUGUAUCAUUUACAUCAUCCUCUCCUCACAACAUUGAAUACAUCCAACUAUUGAAUCAAAUACCAAAGAAAACAAGUUUAAUUACAACUAUUAUCCAAAAACAUCAAACAGCAAAUAAUUGA